GUGAGGGCGGGUCAAGUGAAGUUGUUAAAAGGAGGGAGCAGGUCGAGUCUAGACCAGUUUAAAUACGUGUACCGCUGCUCGGAUAAACAGCAUCCACACUCCGUUGUAACGUUACAGAUUCAACUAACUGCACUUUAACUCGAGAAGCAAAUACAGAAGCACCAUGGCUGUUGAAGGCAUAACAAAAUGUGUCAAAUACCUGUUAUUUUUCUUUAAUUUCAUCUUCUGGCUAUGUGGCGUGGCCUUAAUAGUUGUGGGCGUACUAGCUCAAGUUACGCUCAAGUCAGCGGCCGUCAAUGGGAUUUCUGGUUCAGCCAUGUUGAUAAUUGUGGUGGGGGUCGUCAUCUUCUUCAUCGCUUUCUUUGGCUGCUGUGGAGCUUGGAAGGAGAAUUACUGCAUGAUCACAACGUUUGCUGUUUUUCUCUCCAUCAUUAUCAUCAUUGAAAUUGCUGGCGCUAUUACUGCAUAUGUCUUCCGUGGCAAGCUGAAUAUUUGGGUGGGCAACAGUUUGAAAGAAAUGAUUACAAAAUAUAACACCACGGAGGACGUGAGAAAAACCAUGGAUGGAAUACAGAAAGAGCUUAGGUGCUGUGGAUCCUCCAACUCUGACGAUUGGAAGAACUUUAAACCCGACCAUAAUUCAGUCCCGGACUCCUGCUGUAUAAAACCGGUUAAGGGCUGUGGUAAUGGAACCAUCCACGAUGGCAAGAAAAUCUACAGAAACGGAUGUGCGGGUACUAUGACAUCCUUACUGAACAAUAGUCUCCUGUGGGUUGGUGUGGCAGCUCUUGUUAUAGCAUUUGUGCAAUUUACAGGGAUUGUGCUGGCCUGUGUUCUGAUGAAAGGCAUCCGCAGUGGCUAUGAAGUCAUGUGAUCGCAUCAAAUCCGGAAAGUCCAAUUCCGGAAAACAGGACAAAACUAUUACUUAAAGCUUUGAGAUUAUUCCUGUGUUUUUAAAAAACUUUUUUAAAGGGCAGAUAUUGUUUCCCUUUGGUGUUUAAGUUGUCAGCGCUCAUUUCACAUCUGAGAUUAAAUAGUGUGUUUCUAUGACUAAUCUGAUGAUUAGUCUGCUGUUGGGUCUCAGUUUUUGACUUGUUAAAAAGUUUUAUCACCAUGUUGACCAUUUCUUUUUGGUUUAAGGAACAAUGGAAAUUUUUGUAAUUGAUUUAACAUACAUAUAUAUUGAUAUGAUCAUUUUCAAUAAUCAACCAAUAAAAUGUACCAAACAAGUA